AUGGAGGCGUUCUGCAACUCUACUUUUUGGAAUGACUCAUUACUGAACAGACCAGAUGCAGACCUGACACUCUGCUUUGAACAAACUGUUUUCGUGUGGAUUCCCUUGGGCUUUCUUUGGCUCUUGGCCCCUUGGCAGCUUUUCAGUGUAUGCAGAUCCAGGACGAAGAAGUCAUCUAUAACUAAAUUCUACAUCGCUAAGCAGGUGCUCGUUGUGUUUCUUCUCAUUUUAGCAGCCAUAGACUUGGGUCUGGCACUCACAGAAGAUACUGGACAAGCCGCAAUUCCUCCUGUCAGAUAUACUAAUCCAAUCCUCUACAUAUGCACAUGGAUCCUGGUUUUAGUGAUUCAACACAGCAGGCAAGGGUGCAUACAGAAGAACUCUUGGUUCCUGUCCAUGUUCUGGAUUCUCUCCAUCGUCUGCAGCACGUUCCAAUUUCAGACUCUGAUACGAGCGCUCAUGCAGGACAGCGAGUCUAACACGGCCUAUUCCUACCUGUUCUUUGUCUCCUACGGGUUCCAGAUUAUCGUCCUCAUUCUGUCAGCCUUUUCAGACUCAAGUGACACCUCAUAUAAUCCAUCAUCCACGGCUUCAUUUCUGAGUAGCAUUACGUUUAGUUGGUAUGACAGCACUGUUCUGAAAGGCUACAAGCAUCCGUUGACACUAGAAGAUGUCUUGGAUGUUGACGAAGAGUUUAAAGCAAAGGGAAUGGUAAGCAAGUUUGAAGUGUUCAUGACAAAGGACCUGCAGAAAGCCAAACAGGCUCUUCAGAGGCGGCAGCAGAAGAAGUCCCGGAAGAACCCCGAGGCCACACCGCACGGUUUGAACAAGAACCAGAGUCAAAGCCAAGAUGUUCUUGUCCUGGAAGAAGCUAAAAAGAAGAAAAAGAAGUCUGAGACCACAAAAGACUUCCCCAAGUCCUGGCUGAUGAAGUCCCUCUUCAAAACCUUCUAUGUGGUGACCCUGAAAUCAUUUAUAUUGAAAUUUAUACAUGAUAUUCUGAUGUUUCUGAAUCCUCAGUUACUGAAAUUUCUCAUUGCCUUUGUGAGCGACCCUGGCACAUACGCGUGGGUUGGAUUUGUCUCUGCAAUCCUGAUGUUUAUUGUGAGUCUCAUCCAGUCUUUCUGCCUUCAGAGUUACUUUCAGUUGUGUUUCGUGUUGGGAAUGAGUGUACGGACAACUGUCAUGGCUUCUGUAUAUAAGAAGGCUCUGAAGCAAUCUAACUUGGCCAGGAGGCAGUACACCGUUGGAGAAACUGUGAACUUGAUGUCUGUCGAUGCCCAGAAACUGAUGGAUGUGACCAACUACUUUCAGUUGACAUGGUCAACCAUUUUACAGAUUGUCCUAUCCAUCUUCUUCCUGUGGAGAGAGUUGGGACCCUCAGUCUUAGCAGGUGUUGGGGUAAUGGUUCUCCUGAUCCCAGUCAAUGCAGUGCUGGCUACCAAGAACAGGAAGAUUCAGGUCAAAAAUAUGAAGUAUAAAGACAAGCGCUUAAAAAUCAUGAAUGAGAUUCUCAGUGGAAUUAAGAUCCUGAAAUAUUUUGCCUGGGAACCUUCAUUCAGAGACCAAGUCCUCAGCCUUCGGAAGAAAGAACUCAAGAAUUUAGUAUUGUAUGGCCAACUGCAGACUGUUAUAGUAUUCAUCUUGAAUUUAACUCCAGUCCUGGUGUCUGUGAUCACCUUUGCUGUUUAUGUCGUGGUGGACAGCAACAAUGUUUUGAAUGCAGAGAAGGCUUUCACCUCCAUCACCCUCUUCAAUGUCCUUCGAUUUCCUCUUGCCAUGCUCCCUUUGGUGAUCUCGUCAGUGCUCCAGGCCAGUGUUUCUAUAGAACGGUUAGAGAAGUACUUGGGAGGGGAGGACUUGGACACCUCCGCCAUUCGCCAUGUCAGCAACUUUGAUAAAGCUGUGCAGUUUUCAGAGGCCUCUUUUACUUGGGACCGGGACUUGGACCCCACAAUCCGAGAUGUGAACCUGGACAUAAAGCCAGGCCAGCUGGUGGCUGUUGUGGGCACUGUGGGCUCUGGGAAAUCCUCUUUGAUAUCAGCCAUGCUGGGAGAGAUGGAGAACGUGCGCGGCCACAUCACUAUCAAGGGCACCACAGCCUAUGUCCCUCAGCAGUCCUGGAUUCAGAACGGGACCAUCAAAGACAACAUCCUCUUUGGAUCGGAAUUCAAUGAAAAGAAGUACCAGCAAGUUCUUGAAGCUUGCGCUCUCCUCCCAGACUUGGAGAUGUUGCCUGGAAGAGACAUGGCUGAGAUUGGAGAGAAGGGCAUAAAUCUCAGCGGUGGUCAGAAGCAACGAGUCAGCCUGGCCAGAGCCACCUAUCAGAACACAGACAUCUAUAUUCUAGACGACCCCCUGUCGGCUGUGGAUUCUCAUGUGGGGAAACACAUUUUCGAUAAGGUCGUGGGCCCCAAUGGCAUAUUGAAAGGCAAGACUCGCAUCUUGGUGACUCACAGCAUUCACUUCCUUCCCCAAGUGGAUGAGAUUAUAGUUCUGGGGAACGGCACUGUCUUAGAGAAAGGAUCCUACCAGGAUCUGCUGAGCAAGAAAGGAGUGUUCGCUAAGAAUCUAAAGACAUUCAUGAAGCAUUCCAGGCCGGAAGGAGAGGCCACAGUCAAUGAUGAUAGUGAGGAAGACGAUGAUGACUCUGGGCUGAUACCAGCUAUGGAGGAAAUCCCCGAGGAGGCAGCUUCCUUGACCAUGAAGAGAGAAAAUAGCCUCCGCCGAACACUGAGUCGCAGCUCCAGGUCCAGUGGCAGGCACAGGAAGUCCCUCAAAGACUCCGUGAAAAUUAAGAAUGUGACUGCCUUGAAGGAGAAGGAAGAACUAGUGAGAGGCCAAAAACUAAUCAAGAAGGAAUUUAUGGAAACCGGGAAGGUAAAAUUCUCCAUCUACAUGAAAUACCUACAAUCAGUAGGAUGGUGUUCGAUAACCUUUAUCAUCUUGGGCUUUGCAUUGUACUCUAUUUUUUUUAUUGGAUCUAACCUCUGGCUGAGUGCUUGGACCAGCGACUCUCAACACUUUAAUGGCUCUAACUAUCCAACUUCUCAGAGGGACAUGAGAAUUGGAGUCUUUGCAGCUCUGGGAGUGGCACAAGGCAUCUUUGUGCUUGCUGCAACUCUCUGGAGUGUGUUUGCUUGCAACCAUUCAUCAAAAACUUUGCACAAGCAGCUGCUCAUCAACAUCCUUCGAGCACCCAUGAGCUUUUUUGACACAACUCCCACAGGCCGGAUUGUGAACAGAUUUGCUGGUGAUAUCUCCACUGUGGACGACUUGCUCCCCCAGACUCUGCGGAGCUGGGUUAUGUGCUUAUUUGGCAUAAUUAGCACUCUCAUUAUGAUCUGCAUGGCCACUCCCAUCUUCGCUGUCGUCAUCAUUCCCCUUGGCAUCAUUUAUGUGUCUGUUCAGGUGUUUUAUGUGGCUACUUCCCGCCAGCUGAGACGACUGGACUCUGUCACCAAGUCCCCAAUCUAUUCUCACUUCAGCGAGACUGUUUCGGGUCUGCCCGUCAUUCGUGCUUUCCAGCACCAGCAGCGUUUCUUAGCCAGCAGCGAGAAACUGGUCGACAUCAACCAGAAAUGCGUCUUCUCCUGGAUCACCUCCAACAGGUGGCUUGCAAUUCGUCUGGAGCUGGUUGGAAACUUGGUUGUCUUCUUUGCAGCCUUGUUUCUGGUUAUUUAUAAAGAUACCUUAACCGGGGAAGCUGUGGGCUUUGUUUUGUCCAAUGCCCUCAAUAUCACACAAACCCUGAAUUGGCUGGUGAGAAUGACGUCAGAAGCAGAGACCAACAUUGUGGCUGUUGAGCGAAUAAAUGAAUACAUAAAUGUGGAAAAUGAGGCACCCUGGGUGACCGAUAAGAGGCCUCCAGCAGAUUGGCCCAGCAAAGGUGAGAUCCAGUUUAACAACUAUCAAGUACGGUAUCGGCCUGAGCUGGAUCUGGUACUGAGAGGGAUCUCUUGCCACAUCAAGAGCACCGAGAAGGUUGGUGUGGUGGGCAGGACCGGAGCUGGAAAGUCAUCCCUCACAAAUUGCCUCUUCAGAAUCUUAGAGUCUGCAGGCGGCCAGAUCAUCAUUGAUGGAAUAGAUAUCGCUUCCAUCGGACUGCACGACCUUCGCGGGAAACUGACCAUCAUCCCCCAGGACCCCAUCCUGUUCUCCGGGAGUCUGCGGAUGAAUCUAGACCCUUUCGACAAAUACUCGGAUGAGGAGAUCUGGAAAGCCCUGGAACUGGCUCAUCUCAAGUCCUUCGUGGAUGGCCUGCAACUUGGGCUGUAUCAUGAAGUCACAGAGGGUGGGGACAACCUGAGCAUAGGGCAGAGGCAGCUCCUGUGCCUGGGCAGGGCUUUGCUACGAAAAUCCAAAAUCCUGGUCCUGGAUGAGGCCACAGCUGCGGUGGAUCUAGAGACAGACAACCUUAUUCAAACGACCAUCCGGAAUGAGUUCUCCCACUGCACCGUCGUCACCAUCGCCCACAGGCUGCACACCAUCAUGGACAGUGACAAGAUAAUGGUCCUAGACAGUGGGAAGAUUGUGGAGUACGGCAGUCCUGAGGAACUGCUGUCCAAAAUGGGUCCCUUUUAUUUUAUGGCCAAGGAAGCCGGCAUUGAGAAUGUGAACAACACGGAACUCUAGCAGGUGGUUCCACAGCUACAGAACUUU